CUUUAAAUCUGUGUGGUGGUGAAACAGAUUUGUUUGAUCAUCCUUUUCAACACAUGUACUCAUCGUGUCAGGAAACAUGCGUGAGUGUAUCUCGGUGCAUGUUGGUCAGGCUGGCGUCCAGAUAGGAAAUGCCUGCUGGGAGAUGUACUGUCUUGAACAUGGGAUCCAGCCUGAUGGACAGAUGCCCAGUGACAAGACAGUUGGAGGAGGAGACAAUUCAUUCAACACCUUCUUCAGUGAGACUGGAGCUGGAAAACAUGUCCCUAGAGCAGUUUUUAUGGACCUGGAGCCUUCUGUCAUCCAUGAGGUGCGCACUGGAACCUACCGCCAACUCUUCCACCCCGAGCAGUUGAUCAGUGGUAAAGAGGACGCUGCUAACAACUACGCCCGUGGACACUACACCAUUGGGAAAGAGAUCAUUGACCUGGUUAUGGACAGAAUCCGCAAACUGGCCGACCAGUGCACCGGCCUUCAGGGUUUCCUGGUUUUCCACAGCUUCGGCGGUGGCACCGGCUCUGGUUUCACCUCCCUGUUGAUGGAGCGUCUGUCCGUCGACUAUGGCAAGAAGUCAAAGCUGGAGUUCUCGAUCUACCCAGCCCCCCAGGUGUCCACCGCUGUGGUCGAGCCCUACAACGCCAUCCUGUCCACCCACACUACCCUGGAGCACUCGGACUGUGCCUUCAUGGUGGACAACGAGGCCAUCUACGACAUCUGCCGCAGGAACCUCGAUAUCGCGCGUCCUACCUACCUCGGCCUGAACAGGUUGAUCAGUCAGAUUGUGUCGUCCAUCACUGCUUCCCUUCGUUUCGACGGUGCCCUCAACGUUGACCUGACAGAGUUCCAGACCAACUUGGUGCCAUAUCCCCGCAUCCACUUCCCUCUGGCCACCUAUGCGCCCGUCAUCUCUGCUGAGAAGGCUUACCACGAGAACCUCUCGGUGUCCGAGAUCACAAACGCCUGCUUUGAGCCGGCCAAUCAGAUGGUGAAAUGUGACCCUCGUCACGGCAAGUACAUGGCUUGCUGCCUUUUGUACCGUGGGGAUGUGGUGCCCAAAGACGUCAAUGCUGCCAUCGCGACAAUCAAAACCAAGCGCAGCAUCCAGUUUGUGGACUGGUGUCCCACUGGAUUCAAGGUUGGCAUCAACUACCAGCCACCCACCGUGGUUCCUGGUGGAGACCUGGCUAAGGUCCAGAGGGCUGUGUGCAUGCUGAGCAACACCACCGCUAUUGCAGAGGCCUGGGCUCGACUCGACCACAAGUUCGAUCUGAUGUACGCCAAGCGCGCCUUUGUUCACUGGUAUGUGGGUGAGGGUAUGGAGGAGGGCGAGUUCUCAGAGGCCAGGGAGGACAUGGCAGCUCUGGAGAAGGAUUACGAGGAGGUUGGCCUCGACUCUGCAGCAGGUGAAGAAGAGGAGGAGGAAGGAGAGGAGUAGACCUGACAUAAAUGAUCCUAUAAGCACAACCAUGUAGCACUGGCUUAUCCGUACCUUUUUGAAAACUGACUUUUCUUAUGGACUUUAAGUAAACUGCAUUUAAAAAUC